GUAAGCACCGGAAGGACAGUCGGCAGGCGUAUAAACAAAAGUGACCCUGGAGUUGUAGUGUAGGGGCUUCUUCGAGAUCAAAACCAUGGGGAAUACAAGCAGCGAGCGGACCGGCCCCAACAAAGGACGCAGGGACAGCACAGGGGGAUCGGGGAAAGGAGAUGACCGGACUAAAAUCCUAAUAGACAGUCCAGAGGAUGCUGUAAUGUUCCCGGCUCAGGCGAGUAAGGUAAACCGAGCCCUGCAAGUGGGGGGAAGGUAAGCCUAACCCUGCAAGUGGGGGGAAGGUAAGCCUAACCCUGCAAGUGGGGGGAAGGUAAGCCUAACCCCCUACAAGUGGGGGCAAGGCAAGCCCAACCCCACAAGUGGGGGGGGCAGCAAGCCCAACCCCACAAGUGCGGGGGGCAAGGCAAGCCUAACCCCUGCAAGUGGGGCAAGCCCAACCCCAAGUGGGGAGGGGCAAGGUGUGCUCUCCAACCCCUGCAAGGGGGCAAGGCAAGCCCAACCCCUGCAAGUGGGGGGGCAAGGUGCUUCCAACCCCGCAAGGGGAGGGGGGCAAGCAAGCCCAACCCCUGCAAGGGAGGGGGGGGCAAGGUGCCUAACCCCUGCGUGGGGCAAGGUAAGCCCAACCCCUGCAAGUGGGCAAGGUGUUUCCAACCUGCAGGGCAAGGUGUUUCUCCAACUCCGCAAGGGGAGGGGGCAAGGUAAGCCUAACCCCGCAAGGGCAAGGCAAGCCUAACCCCGCGUGGGGCAAGGUAAGCCUAACCUGCAAGUGGGGCAAGGUGCUCAACCCCUGCAAGUGGGGGGCAAGGUGCUCAACCUCUGCAAGUGGGGGCAAGGUGUUUCAACCCCGCAAGUGGGGGCAAGCCCAACCUGCAAGUGGGGGGCAAGGUAAGCCUAACACUGCAAGUGGGGAGGGGGGGGCAAGGGAAGACGAGCCCUGUAAGUGGGUGGGGGGGGGGCAAGGGAAGCCAAGCCCUGCAAUGAGGUGUGCCGCUUGUCAUGUAUCAGUGUUUGUGACAUUACCAACUCAGGGAGUAAAGUUCAAUUUGUGACCUCUUGCCCUUACUGGUAUGGUGGGAUCUCCAUACAUAGGCAGCAGCAUACAUAUUAUCUGAGCUAUUUUGUACUAAAAGCCAGAGGACGGAAUUCGGGUUACUUUUAAAAAAAAUUUUUUUAUUGUUUUUAAUAUAAUUUAACAAGUUUAAAUUAUAAAUCAUAUGAUGUAGUAAGAGUAGCAUAUGAUAUGUCCAACAAUCCUUAAUUCACUAAACUCAGAAUUUUACCUAAUUUAACUUUGAAUGCAUCCGAGUCCAAAUGACCUGGUAUGUUCCCAAAACCACAACUUAUUCAAAUGCCAUUUGUAGAGAAAUAACAUCCUACUCUGACUUUAAUAUUUCACUUUAUUCUAUGUGUCUUUAUGUCUGCAUGUUCUCUAAGACAUGGUUUUCAGUGACCUUGCUAGACAAUAAAUUCAAGGGGUGAAAAAAGAUUCAGGACAGGCUGUCUAUUAGGCACUGGUCUGCAGUCUUGUAAUCAGCCUUGAGAAUUACAAUCUGAAAUUCAAAACUGAUGCUAAAAUCUCCAAGCUGUGACUAGCUGAGUUGUAGUAUUUUUCCACAUCUACAUUUUUCCAUCUCGCUACUGAAUACUUAGGUCUCUUAAAGGAGCAGUCUAGGUUCCAAAAUAACUUACUCUUAAAGAAGUUGUUGGGAUGCCAGAAGGUCCUGGGUGCCUUCUUAAUUUAAGGAUUUAAACCAUUUAUGCGCAAUUUUAAUCCCUGUAGUUACGGUGUCUGACUGCUCCUUCCCACACCUUCCAGCAAUGUUCUACGCUUCAAUGAAAGAGCCUUGCAGAAGCCACUGAUGGGCUUAGAGCAUCAGAUGUUGUCACUAGCUUUGGAUUUACAAAGCUGUAUAAGAAAUUUUUUUAUAACUCCAACGAGAGCUGGUCUGUGGGCUACUGAGAGCCCACUGUUCCAUGUUACAAUAUUAAAAUGGUUUUAAUAUUGAAUGGAGGGAUGAACCUUUAUGAAUCCAGACACUAUAUUCACUUCAUUGAGACCAAGUUGUUAGGUGCAUUAGUUUUUGAAUGAUCCAUCAUUAAAGGGACACUAUAGUCACCAGAACAACUACAGCUUAAUGUAGUUGUUCUGGUGAGUAUUACUUAUUGCCUCCAGGCAUUUUCAUGCAAACACUUCCUUUUCAGAGGAAAAAGCAGUGUUUACAUUGCCCCCUAGGGAUGCCUCCAUGUGGCCACCCCUCAGAUGGCUACUAGAGGUGCUUCCUAGGGCUGGCAGCACUGCUGUUCAGAGUUUCCACGCUCUGCAUUCAAUGCAUCUCUAUGAGGAGGUGCUGAUUGGCCAAAAUGGUCCUGCCUCCUUGCCGAUUUCUUUUGAUGGUGUCACCAAGGAGGCAGAGCAGGGCAGGACCAUUGUUGGCUCAGCGGCACUGGAAAUAAGGUGAGUUUUAACAUUUUCUAAGGGGGUCAAGCCACCUAACUAGUGGAUUAAACAAUAUAGGGUCAGGCGUACAUUAUUAUUAUUGCCUUUUAUGUAGCGCCAACGGAUUCUGUAGCGCUUUACAAUAUUAUGAGAGGGGGGGAUUUAACUAUAAAUAGGACAAUUACAAGAAAACAUACAGGAAUGAUAGGUUGAAGAGGACCCUGCUCAAACGUGCUUAGUCUAUAGGAGAUGGGGUAUAAAACACAUUUAUAAAACACAUUAGGACAGGAAAUGGCAAUCAAAUAAGGUGGGAGUGAAGCAGAGCUGGAAGUGAGAGUAAAGUGCUGCCCUUUCAGAGAGAGCAAGAGACAGGUAUGUGAGGUAGAGGUUACUCUGGGAGGCCAUAAGCUUUUCUAAAGAGAUGGAUUUUAAGGCACCUCUUAAACUAGUGAAGACUAGGAGAGAGUCUGAUUGCCGAAGGUGCGAGCAGCGGACAGUAGAAGGUCACAGGCAGAGUGGAGAGACAAAGAAGGGGCAUAUUGGAGGGGCUAGAAUUGUUCAAUGCUUUAUAGAUAUGAGCACUUUGAAUUGACUCCUAUAGGAUACAGGAAGCUAAUGUAAGGACUGACAGAGGGGUGACGUGUGAGAGGCCCGACUAGAGAGGAAAAUCAGUCUGGCGGCAGCAUUCAUUACAGACUGUAGCAUGGCAAUACAGCUUUUGGGAAGACCAAUUAGAAGAGGGUUACAAUAAUCCAUGCGGGAAAUUACUAGAGCAUGGACAAGCUCCUUGGGAACAUCUUGCGUAAGAAAGGGGCGGAUGCAGGCUAUGUUUUUAAGAUGGAAUCUACAGGAUUUGGCAACAUACUGGAUGUGAGGCCAGAAUCAAGUAUGACGCCAGGACAGCGCGCUUGCAAAGAUGGACUGAUGUGGGUACUACUAACUUGAAGGGAGAGCGAAAGAGGAGGAUCAGUAUUAGGAGGAGGAAAGAUAUGGAGCUCCGUUUUUAGAGAGAUGGAGUUUCAGAAAGCGGGAGGACAUCCAAUUAGAGAUGGAAGAAAGGCAAGCAGUGACAUGUUGCAGGACGACAGGGGAGAGGUCUGGGGAGUAGAGAUAUAUCUGGGUGUCAUCAGCAUACAGGUGGUAGUGAUAUCCAAAUGAGGUAAUAAGUUUGCCAAGAGAGGCAGUUGCUUGUGUUCCUUUUAAGAAAAUUCUAGUUGCUCAGCAUUCUGGGUUAUUUCUAUGCCUCAUGCUAGACGAAAGGUAUCAUGGUACCGAAACUGUUCAUUGUGGAAAAAAACUUGAGCUUGUAUAGGAAGUAAGGCUUUUGUUGCUCAAGAGAUGUGCAAUGAUUACAAUUAUAGGUGCUCCUUAAAGGAACACUAUAGUGUCAGGAAUACAAACGCCUGUAUUCCUGACACUAUAUAGUUUUAAACAUACUAUUUAGCUCCCUGUCCCCUGCGCCUUGCUUUGAAAAGGUGAUUUUUACUUGUUUUCUCCCACAUGGCACCAGUCUCGCUGUGGCUUUCUUGGGCUCUAUGGCUGAGAUCCUCAUUCUUGAUUAUCUCAGCCAAUCCAAUGACUUCCCCUAGGAAACAUUGAAAGGCUAUUGCGUAUGUGUGGCAAAAUGCAGUGAGUGCGCCAACCAACAUCUCUUCAUAAGGCUGCAUUGAAGCCAUGCAUCUCUGACGCGCUGAAUGUUCCCUAUAGAUCUACCUGAUUAACCUUUUGGGGACUUUGCAAAUUCUCCCCGAGAGUGACAUCACUACUUUGUCUCUGUAUAUCUCUUGACUGGGUUGGAAUUUCAGUGAAAUUCCAACACAGUCCUAAUGAGUAUUCAUAAAGAUUUUAUCUUUAUGAAAUACUAAUUUUUCAGGAGGGAAUGACAGUGCCACUUUAAGCUGUAUUGGUUCUUUUGUGACUAUAGUGUCCCUUUAAGUUUGUUUAGAAUUAUUUUGCUCUGCUCUCUCACAUACUGUUUAGUGAUGCUGGGGCCUGAGAGACGUCCUAUCCCAGUUAGUAGCGUCACCGUAGGGCACAUAAGAGAGCAGAGCAAAAAGAGCAGGAAGAUUACAGGUCCCUUGCUACCUGCUUCCAUUCCGCACAGGUGGCCAGUGCUGACUAACACCAGACGCCAGGACAAAAUUCCUAAUCACCACAGCGACCUGGAGCCUGGAUUUGUCGAGCCCUGGUUUUGGAAGUCUGUGCAAGUCACAUGCAGGCAGGUGUGAAUAGGUUUGCAUAAACAAAUUGAUUUAACUCCUAAGUGGCAGAAAAUUGAGCAGUAAGACUGCAGAGGCAUGUACUGUACACUGAAACUGCUUUAUUAAGCUAAAAUUGUUUUGGUGACUGUAGUGUUCUUUUAAACAUUCCCUGCAAGUGAGGAAAUUGAGAAAUUUACAAUGUAAAGUGCACAUGUACUAUCGGUACCAUGACAUUAAAUAUUAUCUAUACAUUGUGCUAGCAGAGUAUAUAGAUCGAGCUUAAAAAAAUAAAUGAAAUAAAAAAUAUUUAAAAUUAGGUCCCUUCCCCACUAGUCAAUCCUUUCUUCAGUAUACACCUUUGUGCUGAAGAAUUAACUGACCGAGCAAGCGAACUCUCCUUGUAUAAUGGUAUAUAAGGAAGGCAAAAUAGGUGAUCUAUAUCUGUAGACUACAGAAAAUUUUAUAUUUGCGUUUGCAACUAAUUUAUUAGUUUGUUAAUGCAGAUUUAUUUAUUUUUUUUUCUUUCUCAGGCUCCCCUAGAGAAGGAAGAGUUUCUAGCCUGGCAACAAGACUUAGAAGUAAAUGACAAGACACCCUCUCAGGCACGUCCUACAGUUUUUCGCUGGACUGGUGGAGGGAAGGAAAUUUAUUUAGCUGGGUCAUUUAAUAACUGGAGCAAGAUUCCGCUCACCAAAAGGUAAAUGGUCACUGAAACACAGUUAUAGGCUUUUGUUAUAAUAAUUUAAGGUAAGGACAUUACUUUGUUACUGGACACUGUAAUUUGUAAGUUCUACAGAAUGUCUUCUUGUCUCAGUCAGCAGGCACCCGAUAAUGGUCCGGCACCUUCAAUCUGAUGCGAGUAACAUUUUUAUAACUGGCAUUUCAGAAUAAUACAUAGUAUUGUACAUAAUAGUUCAAAAACCUGGCAAGUGGACUAUAGUUUUAGUAUUUUUUUUUGGAGGGAGGGAUUUAGUGUAAAGGUAAAGGAUCUGUAUCUGGGGAGUAAGUUUAAUAACCUUGCAUCCUAAACUGAUCGAAGUCAACAAUUAGUCUGGUACUCUUUCUGCAGGCAUACUGUGUCAUGAACACUCGCUAGGACAAACACAGACAUUGACUUCAAAUACAAAAAAAAAAAAAGUCCUGCGCUCAAACUCCCACUACUCUUGGGGGUCCAGCAAUGACCAUAGUACACAUCAGCCCCAAUUGACAUUGACUUCAAAUUCCCCCCCCAAAAAAAAAAGUGUUCCCUGCGCUCUUCCCAAAUUCUUAUGCAUGUUUAAACUAAUGGAGGUUAUUUAGUUACUCCAAUGGGAGGGAAUACCCACCUGCCACGUCAAGGCAAACCUCUUAUGUAGGUCCUACACUGACUAUUUGCCCUGCUUCCUCUCAUGGCCAUUGAGAGGAAGCAGGGAAAAUAGUCAGUGUAGGACCUACAUAAGAGGUUUGCCUUGACGUGGCAGGUGGGUAUUCCCUCUCAUUGGAGUAAUUAAAUAACUGGAGUAACUAAAUAAUCUCCAUUUGUUUAAAUAUGCAUAUGGAUUUGGGAAGAGCGCAGGUACUUCCCCUUUUUUUUUUUUUUUUUUUUUUGCUCAUUGGUUUUUACAGACAUUGACUUGACUAUUACUCUACAAUGACACCCGCACCCAUUUUGGAUCCAAUAUUUAGUUUCCACAAGUUUUUAGUUCAGCCAAGAAUAUUGUUAGUUUCACAAAUGAAUAAUAAUCACUUAACCCCUUAAGGACACAACUUCUGGAACAAAAGGGAAUAUUUCCAUCAUGUGGGGGGCGUGGCUUGGACGUCGACGGAGAUGGAAGCAUAAGCUGAUCGCUCCGCUCCACCGGUCCCUGUAAAGCCCUAUUAAACGGCCUAUUUUAGCUCCCAUGGGACGCACCUGCAAAGGUGAACCUCCUAAGACCGCCAGGGGUCCCCAACUGAGCCAGUCGCAAGGUCCGAUGGACGAAUACCUGCAUAACACCGCAGAUACACGUGGCGAGGCCUCGGGAUCCAAGAUGGCGCCCACCUCCGCCGUACCCGGAGCUCCCUCUGCCUCAACCCUGGAAGGCAUCGGAGAGGAACUCCGCACCAUUGCGGCCUCCAUGGCCACAAAAAACGAUCUCCUGGUGCUUACCACCACCAUUCAGGAUGCACUACGGGCCGAAAUUGCAGGCAUCCGGACGGAGGUAACCGCACAGGGGCACCGAAUACAAGCUGUGGAACAUUCACAUGAGGCCUACACAGCCAGGCUGGCAUCCACUGACACAGCGCUAGCCAGACAGGGUGACCUACUCCUACAACUCCGCAGAACUGUCGAGGACCUCGACAAUCGCGGACGCCGCUGUAACAUAAGGGUGCGCGGCGUUCCAGAGACAGAAGGGGACGAAGAUAUCGAAAGCUCCCUAAUGGCCCUCUUCAGCCUGAUACUACCUGGAGAUGACCUGAUGGAAAGCCUUAAGACCCCGCUCCAUAGAAGAUGGCCCCCGAGAUAUUAUCUGUUGCCUCCAUUCAUUCUCCGUAAAAAAUGCCAUUAUGAAAGCUGCCAGAAACCAACCCACAUGGGAAUACCGAGGGGCGCAAAUAUCAUUAUUCAACAAUUUGUCGCCGGUUACACUGGAAGCCAGGAGGGCCCUGAGACCUGUCACCUCACUUCUCCGGGAACGCAACAUCCCCUAUAAAUAGGGCUUCCCUUUUGCCCUGUCAGCUCGACAUCAAAAUGGAUGGGUGUCACUACGUGGGCCGAACGAGGUUCCAAGAUUUCUAGAAGAUUUGGGCCUCCCCCCCGUACAGGUACCCGACUGGAUUCGGAGACCUCUGGACGCAGGCCCGAGACCACAACGAGCACCCUGCCGACGGAGGGGGAGAUCUCCACCAGAACCCCCUGGACGGAAUAUUCAUGAGUAACGCCCGCAGCCCCGCAAGUAUCAGCCCGCUAGACUACCUCUGCCCGGCCUAGCCUCGGGAGACUGCCCGGAUGUCGCUAGAAGUUGACCCCUUUAGUCCUACUGACAUUGCUACGCCAUAUUUGUGCUCCCCUCCUCUAAUUUUACAUUUGCUGACCCUGCUUCAAGUUACAAUAUAGGGGGAUACCAGAUAGCAACUUGGGUGGUGGGAACAAGGGGGGUAAGAAAUGUGAACUCCAGCUGCAACUGGCCCUCCCUCCUACCUAAACCUAUGGAGAAGCUAGCCCCUGUGGUCCACUCGCUGACACUCCUGGUUUUGGACUGCCUGUUAUGUUGGGACACUGGACUUCUACCCUCCACCCUCCUCGAUAAGUAUCUUGCCUUAAUAUGCUACCGUGAGACUGUUGGUUGUGUACCAUUUGCUGCCUAUACUGGUGUCAUGCAAUGUGAUUUGCGGGGUCAGGGCAAUGUACUAUGCUGGGAAUCAGAGUCGGUAAUGAAGCUAACGACAGGUUGGUGGGACAGCCUGGAUGGGGUGGGGGGUAGCUAUAGGCGACGGCGACAGGUAGGGACCCUCUUUCUGGUUUCUUAAAAAAAAUAUAUAUAUAUUGUUAAAAAAAAAAAAAAAAAUUCAUUAAAUUAGAAACCUACAUUUUAGCCACAGAUGACCCUCCUCUCUACCCCAACCCACAACGCAGCCAGCUAACGACAAAAAAAAAAAACACCACAGACUACCACUGCAGUCACAGACUGACCCGAGCAGUAUACAUAGCAUAAUGGUCCUGACGUAUACCCACAUGGAGCAAGACAUAAAGGAUUAAGGGGCGACAGCUCAUACCCUUGGUUAGGCCCAGCUGGCAUAACUUGGUCAGUUGGACUCUGAUAGCUGGUGAAGGGUCACGAUUGCCUUAUGAGGCACAUACCGGGGAUGGGCACUGUGGCAGACGGGACGGCGGGGCACACAUGGGAAGUUGGUGAUAUUCGCUAUUGAUGGUUAUUUUCAUCCAUGUUUAGACUUUGCACACCUGAUUUAUUAGUUUGUUAGUUCACACUAUGUUUACCUCUCUGCUAAUACACACCUCCCAUGUAUAUCCGCACUUGGGCCGGGACCUGGUUGGAGCGGGACAACUCCAUACUUACAGUACAUACAAUAUAUAAACUGCAUCUUUCCUGGUUUCGACUACGACCACUACCCUACACUUACACUUGUGUAGGAUCCCCAGCGGAGCCACAGGUACGUUCACUCACCGAUCAGGUUAUCGGGGUGACACCAGGCCACUCCGGCUGGGACACAAGUGACCCUCCUUUCGGGGAGAUAUCGGGGUCUCCACCUCUCCAAACUCCGAGAGGGACGACGCCCGAAGGGGUGACCAACGUAGUUCACCCUUAUUUUUAUUCAACAAAAAACCUUAAUUACGAACUACAGCCACAUUGCAGACCCCAUACCCCUACCCCACUCACGCACACACCACACAAUACACACAUACUUCCCCCCGAGGCUGCGUUGCACGUUUAAACGUCAUACGUCUAAUGAAAGACGAUAUCCAACCGACUACCUGACAGUAGCUGGCUCUGACAGGACCCCUCCACACCUAUCCCAAGCGGAGCUGCGCGACGUUCCCGUGGGGCCGCGCCUCAUCGCGGGCCAUCAAUCCACCUAUCUUGCACGGUCGGGCUCGGCUCGUGCGGCCGCACGACUCCUCCCUCCGCGGUUCUGUGCGCCCGAUCACGAGAAGUCCCAUGGCAUAUACUCGCACACCCCUGGCCAUCAUGACUCUCAACUGCAGAGGCUUGAAUAUCCCGGAACGCCGCUCGCAUCUGUUGAGAUCCCUGCACCGCAAACGCAUAUCCAUAGCGAUGCUCCAGGAGACUCAUUUCAGAGCCGACGCAGCCCCCAAACUCCGAAACUCUCAUUAUCCAGUGAGUUACUGCAACGAUCACCCGACCACCCGACGCGCGGGAGUGGCGAUCCUGCUGGCCGCGGAGUUAGGCUUCCGGGAAAUGGACAGAUUGGCAGAUACCCAAGGCCUCUUCCUGAAGGGACUGAUUGCGGACAGGAUCUACACUCUCGCGACCAUAUACGUUCCCAACUCAAAACAAGCACAGUUCUUACAUGGGGCACUGAACAAGCUUCGCGGAUUCUCGGAAGGAGCUCUGAUAGUGGGAGGAGACUUCAACGCUCCGUUGGAUCCUCUGCUAGAUUCCUCCACCGGUCACAGUUGCAUCUCGCAAACCCACAUCCGAUCUAUCUGCAAAGCACUAGGUGAGCUAUCCCUGGUAGACUGCUGGAGGACACUCCAUCCCGCCGACAGGGACUAUACAGACUACUCUGCGCUGCACAAUCGCUACUCCCGAAUAGACUAUGUCCUUAUCAAACAAGCUGGACUGUCCCGCUUACGGUCGGCAACUGUCGAACCAGCCACGUGGUCGGAUCACGGUCCGGUCCGGAUUGAGUUGGAAUCCCCACUGUUCAAGCCGGCCACCUGGUCAUGGCGUCUUAAUGAAUCAUUACUUCAAGACCCUACGGUAAAAGAAGAGAUUUCCCAAGCGCUGACUUCAUACUUCACGGAGAACGAGACGGAAGGGAUGUCGUCGGUGUGGGAGGCACACAAGAGUGUCAUACGUGGCAUACUUAUAGGUCUCGCAACUCGCAAGAGAAAGGAGGCGACCAGUGCAAUGGCAGACGUAUAUGACCCCAUUAAACGCUUGGAACUCCAACACAAAUGGUCUCAGCUCACCGAGAAGUAUGGUGAAUUAAUGGAAGCUAGGCGCACCCUGAACACUCUCCUCACGAAGCGAUAUCAACGCUCGCUCCAACGCUCGAACUUUUUCUACACACAUGCGAAUAAGGGCGGGAAAUUCCUCGCCCGCUUACUGAAAGGCGACACACCACGAACUCAAGUACGAAAGUUGCGCUUAACCUCGGGCAGAGUGUCCCCAUACCCAGAAGACAUAGCGGACGAAUUCAGGGCAUACUAUGAAUCCCUCUAUAACCUCCGUCCACCAGGGGAUCAGGCACCAGACGGGGAGGCACCGCCUCAUGUACAAACAUACAUCCAGGACACCGUGCGGGCACGAAUAGAUCCAAACGCCGCGUCCUUCCUCGACGAACCACUUACCACGGAAGAUCUCGCCGCUGCCUUGAAACACACUAAAAAUGGACGCGCCCCAGGACCCGAUGGAUUCCCCUCGGGGUACUAUAAACAAUUCGCCACGCCGCUCUUACCGCGGCUGACAAGGGCGGUUAAUGAAGUCUCGGAGGGCGGUCGUUUUGGCAUCGAGUCCCUGACUGCGACCAUAACUGUCCUGCUUAAGCCGGGGAAAGACCCAGAACAAUGCUGUAACUAUCGGCCAAUCUCUCUGCUAAAUGUGGAUACUAAGUUGUUAACUAAGGUGUUGGCAACUAAACUCCAACGAAUCCUUCCGAGCCUUGUCCAUGUGGACCAAACGGGGUUCAUCCCGGGACGGGAAGCACGGGACCGCACCCUACACCUAUUCUCAAUACAACACCACGCGCGGAAACACCGAAAACAUCUAUUGCUGUUGUCGACUGACGCAGAGAAAGCCUUUGAUCGGGUCAACUGGGCAUACAUGUUUCAGACACUCCGGUACAUGGGCUUUGGACAACGGAUCAUGGCUUGGAUCACCGCUCUGUACAGCACACCGAGGGCAGCAGUGCGAGUUAAUGGUGCACUCACCACGAGCUUUGGGAUCACGAACGGGACCAGACAGGGGUGUCCCCUAUCGCCACUCCUGUUUGCACUGUCACUGGAGCCACUCCUACAGGCAAUACGGGACAACCGGAAUGUCCACGGAUACACUUGGCAAGACACUGAGCACAAGGUAGCCGCAUACGCGGACGACCUCUUGUUCUUCAUCUCCCAACCUCGGAUCACUUUGCCCUGCAUACUCUCAGAAAUAGAACGGUUUGGCCGCAUGUCGGGGUUUCGACUCAAUCUGGUGAAAUGUGAGGCCCUGAAUAUCACCACACCCGCAGCGGAAUAUGAAGCCCUCGGCCCACUUUUUCCAUUUCGCUGGUGCACAGAGGCAAUGAAAUACCUUGGCAUCUGGUUCACCACAGGCCCCCAGGGAAUAUACCACCGUAAUUUCGAAACACUGCUGAGAAACAUCGAAACAGACCUAAUGAGAUGGUCCUACCCCCACAUUACUUGGCAUGGCCGUAUAGCAGUCUUAAAAAUGAACAUUCUUCCUAGGAUCCUUUAUUUAUUUCAGACUAUACCAACAACCCUGCCAGCAUUAUUUUUUUCGACCUUGAAAUCAGCGGUCAUAAAAUAUGUCUGGAGGGGGGAACGAUCCAGGCUACGCCAUGACAUCCUAUGCUUGCCAAGACACAGAGGGGGCCUAGCCCUACCGGAUUUUAAAAAGUACCACCAGGCAACAGUCCUACAAAGGAUCCUGGAAUGGCACGAAACAGAUACGAGUAAACAAUGGGUAACUCUGGAUCGGAUGGGAGAGGCUGCAAAACUAAAGGCAGCGGUUUGGCUGAGGAGAACAACCAGGGGCAGCAGGAAGGGAGAGGAAGGACCGGUGGCUGAAACAUUACUAGCGUGGGAAACCCUCAGAGAAAUGCCUCAGGUGUCCCCGACCCCCUGUCCCUUACUCCCGAUCCAGCACAAUCCCAAUAUUGGAGGCGGACCAUCGACGGAAGCAUGGGCGUUUUUGGGUGUAGAGGAUUAUAUACCAAUCUACAAAGUCACUCAGGAUGGUGAACUAAAAUCUCUAGACGAGCUGCUAGAGUCGCGCCCACGAUCCCAUAUGGCGACCUUCCGAUACAUGCAGCUACGACAUUAUUACAACUCCCUCCCACACCGGGACAGACUGCACAGAGACCUGACAUGGUUUGAAGACGCCUGCUCUCGCGGCACCUCUCUUGGGAAAGCCAUCUCACACCUCUACCAACACCUGCUGACUGGUUCUACCUCGGAGAACAACACUUUCCAACGUCAAUGGGAGCGGGCACUGGACACCACGUUCACCCCUACACAAUGGGACAAGGCGUUGAUAUGGCAACACAAAAGCUCCUCUAGCUCCCGCAACCAAGAGGUUAACUACAAACUACUCUCCAUGUGGUACCGAACGCCGGUAUUGCUUCACAAAAUUUUCCCUAACACAUCCCCAACGUGCUGGAGGUGCCAGGAAGAAAGGGGGACACUUAUACAUAUCUGGUGGGAAUGUAAGCAUAUUGGCCCAUACUGGGAUCAGAUCAAAUCCGACAUCCGUCAGAUUUUGGGGGAUAUCACCUGGUCGGUGGAGCUAAUCCUACUCUACGUCUCCACACAACCACUAUCUACAUAUAAAAAAUCCAUCUUGCGGCACCUGCUAAACGCUGCUAAAUCACUCGUACCAGUAUACUGGAAAAAGACAGAUAUCCCUACCAGAGAAGAAUGGAUCCAUCGAGUUGAGGAUAUUCGAGCGGCUGAAGCUAUGCAAGCGGAGCUGAUGGGCAGGGGUCCGAAGUGUGCUGAACUCUGGACUCCGUGGUUUACCUUCCGCGCGCAGCGGUAGGGGGGGGCCGGGCGGGGGUGCUUGCCGGGCGACGCGUCUAUGGCAGGUGAUGCGUUCCAUGAUGGCCGCUGGAGGUGGCAACGUUCAACCGUAUACCGCGCGUCUCUCUAAGUUGGGGGAAUGACUCUGAAGGCACUGCCGACUGAGACAAACGGGUGACCAUGUGGACCCACAAGGGAGACAUACCCUCAAAGGAAUAGCUGACGAAUUUGAAUGACACCCCACUACAUAAAUAUAAACAGGGAUACGGCUGUCCUGCACAUGACCCCCCCCCCCCCCCGACCCUCUCCGACUACUGCAUGGAAUCAGAGCCACGGUUAGGGGACCUUGAUAGACUACACGACGAGGACACGCAGGGUAACUGCUAAUGCGGACGAUGGGCGUGCAGUGCAGCCUUGGACUUACACCCCCACCCAUCUCCCCGCACACUCGCCUCAUCGCUCACCACUACACACUUCCCACGUCACAUCAUAAUCUGAACAACUCUUUCUACGAUGGACCCACAUCACCCACUUAUAUAUACUAGGGCCACGCAUAACUACAGGUUAUCCACCUCCCCAUCCUUAUCGAUGCCACUCUUAUAAAUACACUACAGGCACAUAUAGCACCUCUGGCAAUAUACGGACCCCAUUUCAUUUACGCUGCCCCGUCUCCUAUGGGCCUAGCCCGACUGUGCGAGUCUCCUAUACUCACAUAAUUCAACGACUUAAUAGAGUCAACAGCACAUCUAACUAAGGGCACUGAUAUGAGCGUACAGGGGAACUAUGAUUGACUCUCGCCCUCAUUGAAAGCUUGUUACAGAUAUCAACGGUUUAUUUAUUGUCUCUUCAUGCUUGUAUGACAAAUGGGGCCUGCGAGCCCGAAAUGUGAUAUACUCACCUACACACAGGCACACAGAUCACCUCAGACAAUAUACGGAUUCCUUCACACUCACAUUGACCUACCUCUCACGGGCCUAGCCCAUCUAUGCGUUUCUAAUACCUUCACACAUUUCCAUAACUUAAUUGACACAACAACACACCUAACUAUGGGCACUGGACAUGAGCGACCACUUGAACUGUAACUGAUCCUCUCCUUCAUUGAAAUCUCAAUGUAGAAGUCAACUGCUUAUCCAUUGUACAUUCAUGUUUUUAUGAUGACUUGGGCCUGCGAGCCCGAAAUGCGUUACUUCUAUUUACGAAUAAAAUUGAUUUUCAAAAAAAAAUAUUUCCAUCAUGUGUCCUUAACGGGUUAAUAUUUCAGAAUAUUGUGUAUUCUUCCUUUUUUAUACAAACUAGUUUACUACGUUUUGUUCUGUGUUUCAGCCAUAACAACUUUGUUGCAAUAUUAGACCUUCCAGAAGGUGAACAUCAGUACAAAUUUCUUGUAGAUGGUCAGUGGACUCAUGAUCCUGCUGAGGUAACUCAUAUAUUAUUUUACACAAUAAAUCACAAUGUAACGCUCCUGUCAUUACAGUAUUUUACAGAACAUUACCAGGGCACAUUGUUACUGGCUCUGCUGCCCCAGACUACUCCGUUUCACAGUUUGAUUGCAGUGAGGAAAUUACAGAGUAAUGGCUUAUUUGAUUUCCUAUUUUUUCUUAAAACCCAUAUUUUUCCUAGGAAAAUCUCUCACAUUUUACAUUUAUGUGAAGUCCACAGUAGUUUUAUCUUAGUUCAGGGGUAGGCAACCUUUUAGCAGUACUGUGCCGAGAUAAGAUUGUGAUGUCCUAUUUUUUUUUUUUUUUUUAACAUUGAGGUGUGCAUGUUGCCAUAUUCUGCUUGUGUUAUUUAUACUGCAUUUGCUUUGUAUCGUGCAUAUAUGGUUGAGCAGGGCCCUCUUCAGCCUAUCGUUUCUGUAAGUUUUAUUGUAAUUGUCCUAUUUAUAGUUAAAUCCCCUCUCUAAUAAUAUUGUAAAGCGCUAUGGAAUCUGUUGGUGCUAUAUAAAUGGCAAUAAUAUAUGAGCUAUUAUAUUGUUCACAAGUAGUUUGUGGUGUUAUGUAUGGGGGGCCGCUUGUGGAAGUGUGUGUGUGUGUGUGUAUAUGUGUGGGGCUGUUUGGUAUAUUGCAUGUGGGGUUGUGCGGAUGUGGAUUGUUGGUGGUGUUGAGUUUGUGUGGAUUGUGUAAUAUGUUUGUGUGUGGGCUGUUUUGCAUUAUUUGUAUGAGGGGAGUGUUAUUCUGCAGUUCUGUGUAUAUCUAGCAGUAUGGGUGGCUUCCUUGGGGUCCAGUGGGGACCAGGCUGGCCAGUUACAGCUCAAGGAAAGGAGCUGCAACAGCAGCUGCGGGCUACUCUACUCCAGUGUGGAUUCUUAUUCACAAGUGCUGGAAUGAAGUGAUUUGAGAUCACUUCCUCUACGUGCUGCAAUGCAUAAAUUGAGGAUUGUCCUUCACCACCUUUUUGUAUUAACAGAUAUCUGAAGUUUCAAUGGGACUCCUGAUAGGCCAGACCCUGUGUGGCUCUGGCAGCCUUGAGUGCCGUGCAAAGACACACAAAGUGCUGUGCAUGGCACACAUGCCAUAGGUUGCCUACCCCUGUCCUAGUUUAUUUCUUUUUCUUCAAAUCUAUUUUGCAGUGCUUUGAACCAUAAUUAAAGCAACACUACAGCAUGUAUUCUUAUCGCUAACGUUUUUACCCUACCUAUGUUAGUGUCACUGCAGGUCCCUGAAUCUGACCGUGAACUUUCUUACCCCAAGUUCGUAACUCUAUAAAUUGAUCAAUUGAAUGCCAAACAGCUGUAUUUCAUGAAUAACACACUGGUAGUUUUCUACAACUCCCAUGGUGAAGGAUGCAACUAUCUCAGCUUGAAUCACCCACUUGCUGUCAAGGAAAUAAAUAUGAACAGGCUUAUUCAUAAGGAUUCCUUUAUUAAAUUCUAUGGCUGUCUAAGAUGAGAAAUUUUGAGUUGAAAUAUCAUUUUUCAGUCUGUAAACUUAAUUAUUGUUUCUAUAACCAGCCUGUAGCGACCAGCCAACUUGGCACAGUAAAUAAUGUAAUUCAAGUGAAGAAAACAGACUUUGAAGUUUUUGAUGCCUUAAUGGUGGAUUCUUUGAAGGGCUCUGAUUUGUCAGGUAAGCUUAUAACUGUCAACAGAACUAAAACCAGAAUUUAUUGUGUGUGUUUACAUGCAAUUAGAGUAGUGUGUAUUUAGUCAUACUAAUUUUUUUUAAAAAUUUUUUUUUUUUUUUCCUACCAUUCUAAGGUGCUUUUUAUCAAAAUGAAUGCUUUUAUUUUAUAUCUUUAAGGACUAAUUGUGAAUAUUUGUGUACCUGAUGAUUGCAUCUUUGGGAUUAGACUACCUUUUUCUAACCUUUAGCAAAUCACAUUGGUAUUUUUCUGAACUAGAUCAGAUAAGUCAUGUGUGUUUUGUUAUCAUGGCAUCAAAAUAGUUCAUUGUAAAUAUCUGGUAUUCAUUCCUUAGUUUUGGGGCUGUCAGGGUUAUGCACUAAAGUGAUAAUUGUCAGAAAUUCAAAGUAAAUUUAAAAUAUAAUACCAAAAUAGAAAACAAAAAUCUUCAUGUCAACUAUGACUCUAGUUCAGCUAUUUUGGUCUAAAAUUUAACAUUGGGGAAUACCUGGUGUGUAUUUAAAUCCUUUUUAUUUCUUGUUUUAGAGUUAUCCAGUUCACCACCUGGCCCAUAUCAACAAGAUCCUUAUAAUUGUAAACUAGAAGAACGCUUUAAAAAUCCACCCAUCCUCCCUCCCCAUUUACUACAAGUUAUUCUUAAUAAAGACACCGGCAUUUCGGUAAGUAAACGUAUAUGCUUUUUAACCAAUGAUUGCAGGUUGGAUUUCAUUUGUAGUUUGCUUUGCCUAUUGGCUAUUUUACUCGAGUAAAACGUACUGCUAUUUGGUGAUGACACCAUUUGCUGUAUCUGAUUGUCCUUUUUACAUUGCAGUGUGAUCCAGCCUUGCUCCCAGAACCUAACCAUGUCAUGCUGAACCAUCUUUAUGCACUCUCCAUUAAGGUACACCAAAUAUCUUGUGACUCUCUUUAUUAUAAUUUGUUUUAUGUGUGGGUAUUUAUUUUUUAAUUUUUCUUAUUCUCUUAUUGUAGGAUGGCGUAAUGGUACUAAGUGCAACACACCGUUAUAAGAAGAAAUAUGUUACCACGUUGUUGUACAAACCAAUAUAAUCCUUUUUAAGGGACACGUGGCUGUUAAUUUACACAACUUUUUUUUUUUUUCACUUUUUUACAUAUUAAAAUCAUAUCCUAUUUAACAAUAUAUUUAUACCUGGCAGUUAUUAGUUUGCUUAAUUUUGUAAAGUUGCACCUAAACCUAUGAAUGUGUUGGUGAGUUAUUCAUCAACACAUUUAUGGUGUCGUGCUCACUGCGCUGGAUUUUAUUUCUUUGUGGGGGUUACCAAUCAUCCACUUUUGUCAAGCAAUUAGUGCAUCAUGCAGGGUAAGGAAGUGUCCAAGAUUUUCGAUUUUGUCUUAUUAAUGUCCAUUCAGUGCUAGUACACACUGAGCAUGUAUGGACAUGACUGGUAUGAUGUAGUUUCAAGGGUCCGUAAUAAUUCUGUUGCAUAACACAAAGCACAUGCAUGAGCAAGAGAGAAUGAGUUGGAUUUUUCUUUGUAAAUCUCCAAUAUGUGUUCAAAAAGUGAACUACAAGUAACAAAAAAAUAAUCAAAAGUCUAAAAUCUACCUACCUCUGCUGACCAUACUGAGUCUGGUGCUGCCUUUUUGACAAAUGUAAUGUUUGUUCAUACCUCCCCCACCCAUCUAUAGCCGCCUGUGAUUCUGCUUGUUUCUGUGUAUCGUUCAGGUUUAAGGCAAAAUAGGCCACACAAACAGCAAUAGGAUCAUGUUUUAGAACUGAAAACUCUCCUGAGCUAAUUUGGUAAAUGUAUACAGUGCCAAUCACAACCUUUUAAGUGUCCAAAAACAAAGUAAUAAAAUGUAACAAGGUGCUAGAAAACCUCCCUUAGGCACAGAGUCCAUCCUGAAGAUUUCCCAAGAUCUUCAAAUGUAAAUGCAAAGCAUAUAGAGGUGAUUACUUUUAUUGUCAAAUUCAAGCCUUCAGAAAUGCUAAAGAUAUCAAACAGUGUCCCUAGAAUUCAUCCAGCCUCUCUUAUAAUGGACCAUAGAUGUUAAAAGAAAAUACAAAUGCAAAAUAAAGUGUAAGAUAUUUUAUUCUCUUGCAUAUAGAUUUAAAACAGCAGAUGUAGCGGUAAAAGCAUGUGCUAAUACCAGUCAACUAAUCCUAUGCAUUCAUUCCUCUUCAGGUAGAGUAACUGCUUUUACACAAGACUAACUGUCCAAACAAUUAGGUAACCACCCAUAUAUGAUUUGUAAGUCAUGAUAACUGUAUGUUACUAUUGGCAAAUGUCUUUUUUUGAAAGGAUGUUAUUAAAAUUAUAUUGCACUAAAUGCAUAUAGAAAGGAGAGAUCUUGAGCAAAUACUUGCUGUAUUUAAAAUCUGUUCUGUCUUAUGUGGCACUUCCUAAGUGCUGGAGGGAUGUACAGAAUUUUGAAGUGUAAAGGGUUCCACUGCCAAUUAGUACUCUAAUGGUUAAAUGGUGCACAAGUGGCACAAUGUCUAGUGCCAGUCUUUUUGUCUAUACACUCUGCAGUUAUUACUUGGUUUUGACACUGUAGUUAUCUGUGCAAUCUCUCUAUUUUUGGAUAAUAACUUGUUUGCAAUGUCCUGUUCUACAGAUUUUGUCUUUUUUUUUUUUGAUAAGGAGAUCAUAUCUGUUGGAACACAAACAGUACAAAUGUACUCAUUACCUGCAAAGCAGAAUUGACUUCGAUCUCAGGGACAUUUUUGACUCGUCCCUCCCCCCUCAUUAUGGAUUUAUCAUAUCCAAAGUUCUGUAUUUUUAUUUUAAUUUUUUUACAGAAUAUUUGCAUAAGUGUGUUAUAUAACGUGUAAUAUAACUGUAAACGAACCAGUAUGUUUAUGCCUGUUUUGUUAAAGGCCGUUAUAUAAAACAAAUCUAUAAAUAUAGUACAUGGAUUUAUGUUCUGAUUAUAUUAAUGCAUACUCCCAAUAUUCACAGGAUCAUGUAUAUGCAAUUAUUGUGUGGGCAUAUUUUUAUACAAUCAUGAUUGUAAAAAUCUGUACAGCGUUUGGGUGACAGAUUGCAAAGGUCCAUAAGUGAUCAAUAUUAAUGGUGACCUCUGGUGUUUAUGGUACCAGGAGUGCACUUGCAGCCUCCCAGACUUGCUAGUUUCUACUAAGAUUCUUUUCUUUCAGGAAGUGUUCCGGAGGAUUGGAGGAAGGCAGAUGUGGUUCCUAUAUUCAAAAAGGGUUCAAAAUCCUUGCCUGGAAAUUAUAGACCUGUGAGCUUAACUUCUGUGGCUGGAAACGUGUUUUAAAGGUUAUUAAGGGAUAAUAUACAAGAAUUCCGUAAGAACAACGUGGUUAUCAGCAAAAAUCAGCAUGGUUUUAUGAAACAUAGGUCAUGUCAAAUGAACUUGAUUGCAUUCUAUGAAGAAGUAAGUAGAAGUAUAGAUCAGGUUGUUGCAGUGGAUGUGAUCUAUUUGGAUUUUGCCAAGGCAUUUGAUACAGUUCGACACAAUAGAUUAGUGUUCAGAGAAAUGGGUCUAGAUGAAAAUUCUUGUUCUUGGGUAGAACAUUGGCUUAAAAAUAGAGUACAAAGUUAUCAUUAAAGGUAAAUUUUCAAACUGGACAGAGGUGGCAAGUGGUGUCACUCAGGGUUCUGUUCUGGGACCCCUUCUAUUUAACAUGCUUAUAAAUGAUCUUGAAAAAAGGCAUUGAAAGUCAUGUUUUCAGUGUUGCCAGAUGACACAAAACUCUAUAAAGUAAUACCACAUGAGCAAGAUAUUACUUUGCUACAGAGGGAUUUAGAUGGAUUGGGCACUCUCAAAUGACAGAUGAAAGUUGAAAAAAUGCAAAGUUAUGCACUUUGGUGUAAAGAAUGCACAAGCAACGUAUACCUUUAAUGGAAGCGAAUUGAGGAUAACAACACACGAAAAGGACUUUGGAAUUGUUAUAGACCACAGCCUAUGCAACAAUGUGCAAUGUCAAUCAGCAGUGGCUAAGGUGUGAAAAAGGGCAUUCAUUCUCAGGAUGAGAAUAUCAUUUUGACCACAUCUUGAAUAUGCUGUGCAAUUUUGGGCACCUGUCAAAAAGAAGGAUAUUAUGGCACUAGAAAAAGGGCAGAGGCGGGCUACAAAAUUAAUAAAAGGAAUGGAACAUAUCAGCUAUGAAGAAAGGUUAACAAAUUUAAACCUCCUUAGUUUAGAAAAAUGUCACUUCAGAGGGGAUAUGAAAACAUUAUACAAAUAUAUCCAGGGCCAAUACAAACCAUUGUGUGGAAAUCUAUUCACAAACCGGACUUUACAUAGGACAUAAGGGCAUGCGUUUAGACUGGAAGAAAGAAGAUUUUGUCUAAGGCAAAGAAAAGUUGUUGUUUUUUACUGGAAGAACAAUAAGGAUGUGGAAUUCUCUGCCUGAAGAAGUGGUUUUACCAGAGUCCAUACAGAUGUUCAAACAGCAACUAGAUGCAUACUUGCAAAAACAGAAUAUUCAAGGAUAUAAUUUUUCAAUGUAGGGUAAUAGCUUCUUGAUCCAAUGAUUAAUCUGACUGCCAUUCUGUGGGUUCUUCAAACUGAGGGUUUUUUGCCUUCUUUUUGCUCAACAGCAAAAAACAAAUGUGAGGAAGGCUGAACUUGACGGAUACAAGUCUCUUUUCAGUUAUGUAACUAGUCAAGCCAUUUAAGAAUGGUUUGACAACUUACCUGGACACCCCAGGAGCUCUCGUCAUAUCCUCUCACCCUGAAUGUCAUACAGCCCAAUACAAGUUGCUCUAAUUGCCGAAGUGUCAGCUUAGAGGCCCUUUAACCCGUUAACGCCGUUACGGCGUUCUAUGCCGUCCCGCAUUAAGUGAGCUUUAAAGCCGCUGCGGUGGCAUAGAACGUCGUAACGGCUUUGAGCCCCUGGAGGUCCGGCGUACUUACCUCCGCCACGAUCCUCUUCUGGAGGGCUGCCUGACAGCCCAGGCAGCCCUCCCCCGGCAAAUGAGGCCCCCAGGGGCCAUGUGAUCGCUCUCAAAGAGCGAUCACAUGGCCCCCUAUAGUUGGCUGUGGAUCUGCCAGCAGGGGGACUGUCCUGAAAUGUCAGACAGUCCCCCUGCUGGUGGGAAAGUUAAAAAAAAUAAAUAAAUUCAACAUGUUUAAAAAUAAAAUGAAAAUAUAUUUUCAGACUUUUACAGACUGGAACGUUGUGUGAAUUUGUAAUUGCUCAAUAAAGCAACAGAUGAAAUUUACCUUGAAAGACUCCUGAGUGCUCUCUACUGGUAUUGUAUACAAUUUGGUUGGAGACAGCACCGGAGCAUUAAAAGACCGGGAGCAUUGAGUGCUGGGACGUGUGUAAUAUAUAUAUAUAUGUAUAUAUAUGUAUAUGUAUAUGUGUAACGUCAUACAAAGUGUAUUUUAAUAUUAAUAUAUAUUAGUAUUAAAAUAUACUUAGAGUGAUGUUACAUGUAGUGUGUGUGUAUAUAUGUAUAAUUACAAUAAUAAAUGAAAUAUUGAAACAAAAUUUAAUAUAAAUUAUAUAUUCAUAUGUAAUUUCAUUCUAACUGUAUUUUGAUAUAUGUAACAAAAUACACUUAGAAUGACAUUUUGUAUACAUCUAUCUAUAUUUAAAAUACAAAAACCGCAAAUAUAUAUAUAUUUACAUAAAAGAUUACAUUAGUAUACACGUAGAAUUUAAAUACCUAUAAAUGCAUAUAUAUAUUAAAAUUCUACGUGUAUAUUUAAUCUUUUAACAUAAUUAUGUGAUUUGAUUAAUUAAAAUUUGAUUCACAUGCCUGACAACACAGGGAGAAAGUGCAGAGAAUUUAAUUCGCAAGCACUAUAUUUGACCCUGUAACCCUCCAAGACACCAUAAAACCUGUACAUAGGGGGUACUGUUUUACUCGGGAGACUUCGCUGAACUCAAAUAUUAGUGUUUCAAACUGGUAAAUUGUAUUACAACGAUGAUAUUUUAAGUAAAAGUGACUUUUUUGCAUUUUUUACAAACAAACGGCACUUUUAUGGACUAUAUUGUUGUAAUAUGUUUUACUGUUUUAAAACACUAAUAUUUGUGUUUAGUGAAGUCUCCCGAGAAUAACAAUACCCCCCAUGUACAGGUUUUAUUGUGUUUUGGAAAGUUAGAGAGUCACAUAUAAGGCUUGCAUUUCAUUUUUUUGACAUUUUGAAAUUUGCCAGAUUGGUUAUGUUGCCUUUGAGACCGUAUGGUAGCCCAGGAAUAAGAAUUACCCCCUUGAUGGCAUACCAUUUGCAAAAGUAGACAACCCAAGGUAUUGCAAAUGGGGUAUGUCCAGUCAUUUUUAGUAGCCACUUAGUCACACACACUAGCCAAAUAUUAGUUUUUCUUUUUUUCACACAACUUUGGCCAGUGUUUGUGACUAAGUGGCUACUAAAAAAGACUAAACAUACCCCACGUUUAAUACCUUGGGUUGUCUACUUUUUCAAAUGGUAUGCCAUUAUGGGGGUAAUUCUCAUUCCUAGGCUACCACACCAUCUCAAAGGUAACAUUACUAAUCUGGCAAAUUCCAAUUUGAAAAUGGAACGUUCUAUAUUUGACCUUGUAACUUUCCAAAACACCAUAAAACCUGUUAAUGGGGGGUACUGUUGUACUUGUGAGACAUCGCUGAUUACAAAUAUGGGCAUUUUUUUGCAGUAAAACCUAACAGUAUUAUGACAUUUAUAGCUAAAAUGUGAGGCGGAACUACAUAUUUUUUUUUAAAAAAUUUUCAGUUUUUUUAAAUUUUAUUCAUAAUAAAUUCUUUCAUAUAUAAAUAUUUGAUAUGAAAUUUAAAGCCCUGUUUCUCCAGAACAAAAUGAUAUAUAAGUGUGGGUGCAUUUAAUAUGAAAGAGGUGAAUUACGGUUGAACACACACAUAGCGCAAAUUCCAGUUUUUGUUUACGUUUUGUUUUGAUCAGAACGUGUACUAUUGACUCCGUCCUGAAGGGGUUAAAAAAUAUUUUACUCCACAAAAACCAAUUAAUUUAAAUGUAUGGUAAGAUGAGCAAGAGUACAUUCUCCAUUUCACUUUUUAUCAUAAGCAUUACUGACCUAUGCAGGUCAGCAACUAUGGUAUAAAACCAUUGCUGGCAAUUUUCUGUAAACACAAUGUGUAGACUGAAUGUAUAAUACUUAUCUUUCAUAUUCUUUGUGGACAGUUAAUUGAGUGUAAGUUAUGCUUAAAGGGGCAAUCUAUGCACCAUAACUCAUCGCCCAUUGUAGUCAUCAUAGCGUCUGACACAAAUUAAGCUUUGCAAGUGUUUUUUUGUUUUUUUUUUUAUUAAAAACUGGGGCUCACAUGUCUGGCAGCUAGGGCCUGUCCCUCUAUGGCCAAAUUGAUAUUUAAAUUACACUUCUACAUGAUCAAGCUUUGAUACAUCUGAAAUUAAGGGGAACAAGAUCAUGGUGUACACUUUCAGCCUAGUAUUGUCACAGCUCAAAGCACACUAUCCAUUACAUUCAGUCAUAGCGGUUAAGGUGUUUUGUCUCAUUUUAGAACUAUACCUAGCGGGCACAAUUUGAAUAUUUGUCUUUUAAAGAAUUGUGCAGACUUAAAUAUUUUAUAGAAAUGCCCUAGUAAAAAUCUGUUGGUAACUUUCCUUCAAGCACCACAAGAAGGUCAGAUUUAACUGUAUCUGCAAGUAACUCAUAAAAAAAUCCACUGAUUAGUCACUGUUGAUAGCUGGUCCCAAGGACAGGUUUCAAGAAUACGGAAUUAGAGAGACCCUAAGUAUAGUCAUAAAUUGGCCUUGUCUUGCUGCCAUGACCUUUCCUAAUUUGUCCUCAUUCGAGUAACCCACUGUUAAAUACAAUGUGUGUGUGUAUUUUUUAGAGUCCAUCUUUUACCCCAUUACACCAGUUAACUGGUGAACAUGCAUGACACUAUGGUCACCAGAGCCACUACAGAGAAUAGAGUGUAAAUGCCGCCUAGCAAGACUUGUAGUGGCAGUCAUUUUGACGGCCACUAGAGGUGCUACUGUGUGAAGCAUGUACAUUCUGUUUCUCCUCUCACUGCAUGGAGACGCUGAAUGUUCCCCGUAGAGAUGAUUGAUUUAAUGCAUGCCUAUGAGGAAUUAUGGCUUUAUAUAAAUUUGCAUGUGUAGUGGUGCCAGUGAGCCAUAUGUAUGAGGUUUUGUUCUUGAACUUCCAUUUAUUCAUAGGAAUAUUCUAAGAACUCCAGUUUUACAUUUAUUACUUUAACCCCUUAAGGACACAUGACAUGUGUGACAUGUCAUGAUUCCCUUUUUAUUCCAGAAGUUUGGUCCUUAAGGGGUUAAAUCAAUAUGUAGUAGUAGAUACAGAUAUGUACUUUUCUCGUAAUACUGCUGUUUUGGAUAUGGUGCUUGGUGUUUUUAGAUCUGAAACAACUUGCUUGUUGAUGUCCAGGAGAAACUAGUUUGGUAACUUUUUUUUUUUUUUAACACGCUUUUAAAUGUGGUCAUGGUUUAGUAUUGUAAUAAAGAAACGUAUAUGUCAUACUUGUACUAUACAGAUCUUUAGUUCUCCCUAGCUUUGUAGCUGUUGUGUGAAGACUUAGAAUAAUUGAUUUUUAAUUCAUGCCAAUUUGUUGAUUUGAAUACCUUGCUGGGCAGUAUCAUGUGUUAUUUAAGGGACAUUGAAAACUGGGAAUGCAAACUCUACAUCUGCACUGCUUAUAACACAGAUUAUUGAUCCAUGGUAUAGCAGUGCGUAACAUGAAUGUAAAAAUCAUCAACAGUAAACAGCUCUGCAUAUUGUCUGAUUGCAAACCUUCACCAAUAGAUGGAUAUCCUAGAGCAGGCUGUCACCCCUCAGGGAUUCUGUUAGGUAGUCUGUCUGCUGGAGAUCUCUACUGCUCAAUGUCUCAGAAAUCAAGUAACCGAUCUGUGCGCCUUUAUUUCCUAAUUUAAUUUACUUAAUAUUGAAUUCUUGAUCCUGACAUAAAUUAGUUUUCCCCAUUCAAAUUCCUAAUUUUAUUUUUACGUUCUUUACUUCAUUCAUGCCAAUAUUCCCUCUCUAUUCAACUAUUCUACCAAGGAAUAGGCGGCACAGGGCAUAGAAUUAAAAUUAAAAAAAUACAGGUUAAAAAUUUGGAAUUUUAAUUCACACCUUAGUAGAUUAUACCUCACUGGAGAAAAACCAUGUAAAGCAUCACAAUCUUAGUAAUAAGCAGCUGAUAAUGGUUAAACACAUAUGUGCAAUAUAAAAGCAUGAGCAGUACCCAAGUAAAAACACACAAACCGAUUUGUAGGAUAGACUACAUCAAGUACCCCUCACUAGUCCAGGAUUUAGGGAACACCCUGUUGUGUUGUGUGUUUUUUUUUUUUUUUUUUUUUUUACUUUCUAAAAACACCUUAGACACAACUGGGUAAUCCCUAAAUCCUGGACUGUGUUGGAAACCACUACUCUAGAUCAAGGUCCCAUUUGAGUACCCUAGGGCACUUGUAGCGGAAGGGUAGAGGUAACAGUAAUAUCCAAAGGCCUAGUAUUCUCCAAACUUGUUCCUCCCUCUAUUCUGCGGAUACAUGGAGGAAAGUGUAAUAAAUCUAAUGGAAAUUCAGGCAGAAAACAUGGAAAGGUAAAAAUAAAAAUGUAUUUGGAGGAAGCUACAUCAUACUUACAACUCAAAAUCUAUAUACUAGUUGUCAAAGGGUUACUUCAAGCAUCAUGACCACUUAAGUGAUUUGAAGUGGUCAUGGUUUCUGGAGUCUGUAUGUGGAGCAUUUAAAAGCGAAACACUGCACCUACAGAGAUUAACACAAUUUUUUUUGAGGGGUGCAGCAUAGAGGGGGUUAGUAGUUUUAUAAAAACACUGUUUUUUGGUUGUAUUAACAUGUUAACUCCUUAAGGACCAAACUUCUGGAAUAAAAGGGAAUCAUGACACGUCACGUGUCCUUAAGGGGUUAAACGUGCAAUCCCUUCAAACAAGUCACUAGUUUGGUGGAAUGCACUGCAGGUACAGGACCAGGUUGACAAUAUGGUACAGACAUUUUUCCCUCAUCGCUCAUCUAAACAAGUUUAAGGAGGGGCUUACCAGGUGCAGACCACUUUAAGAGCUCCUCUACAUUACAGCGCUCAAUGUCUCUGCGCUAGUGUACCUUCAGGAAGCUCUUAAAGUGACCUGAAUUCGAUAGAGUUGCAGACCACAACACUCCUUUGAGCAGGGGAAUGGGAUCUAUUGAUCUCCCUGUUGGCCAAGUCAGAGCUGGAGCUAAUCGUUCACAGCACUACUCUUCCACUUAAAAGCAAAAGAGGAGUGUUAGGAUGCCUCUUGUUGAAGUAAUAAAGGAAUGAGGCAGUAGGCAGAAUCAGUGCAGGGACUAUGCUAGGCACAGUGUGGCUUUGUGUUUGGCCUUGUGGUAAUCUUGCUUUUCAGGACCACAGGUGAUCCAAAGAUGGCCAAAAGUUGCCAAACCUCCCCUUGAAAGAAAUACAACUGUUUUCCACAUUAUCAAAUAUAAACCAUUAUAAUGCAGUCUGAAGUAACAGUCAUCUAUGUUCAAAAGGGACUCCAGUCUAUCAAGUUCAAACAAAGAGUGCAACCUCCCCUUCCCCCACCCCCAUCCAGAACAAAACCAUUCCAAGCAAAUAUCAAACAGUGAGUCUGGAGGGGGGGUAAUUUCCUUUUGAUUUUUCUUUGGAUGAGUACAUUGUUUCCACCUCCUUCAAAGAACUAUAGGCACAGUAGUUUAGGAUUUGUAUUGUAUGAUCCCUUGAAGGAACAAGAGUGUUUUGAAGGCCAAGAUGUGUGCCACUUUAUAUCUUUGACAUUAGGUUGCCGUGUUAUUUUAGAUGUUAUAACCUGUAACUAAGCAUUGUACAGACAAUGAAAAAUAAGCAUACAAGCAUGAGACAGCCCGCAAAAGAGUUGCAGAUCCUGCCCUGGCAUUAGAAUGAUCUGAUGCCUGUCAGCUCAUGCUACUGGGAUAGGGUGGACUCCGUGGUAGACAAUGUGACUAAAUGCUGGGCCAACUCACAAUGAGGCAGUCGAGCAAUUCUGCUUAAUCACCAUGACUGCUAUGCUCAGUAUAUCCGCCUGAGAGAUAAAGCACUAAACUAUGUAUUAGGGUUAGUGUGCGCUUUGGUUAAGGUUAGAUAUAGUUAGAAGUAGCCUCAAAUGUGAUACCAGGUUGGUAUGGUAACACAGAUAGUGAAACUUCAACAAAUAGCUUUUCUGUGACGCAAGCAAAGAGGCACCUUAAAAUGAACCCAAGUCUCCAAUUUGAUCCUUUAACGUUCUCCAAAUAUCUGGAAAACAUAUGUGGAGUAUUGUUGUAUUUGCAGAUGAAGCAUAAUAGAAAAAUAUGUAUCUUUGAAGUAGCAGAAAUCACAAUGCCAGUGAAAUUCACUAUUAAAGUUCAGUAUGUAUGUGAAAAAAAUACAUUUACCUCUGAAUUUAUUAGAGUCCAUACAGAUGUUCAAACAGCAUCUAGAUGCAUACUUGCAAAAACAGAAUAUUCAAGGAUAUCAUUUUUCAAUGUAGAGUAAUAGCUUAUUGGUCCAAGGAUUAAUAUGACUCCCAUUCUGGGGUCAAGAAGGAUUUUUUCCUAGUUUGUUGCAAAAUUGGAAGUGCUUCAAACUGGGGGUGUUUUUUUGCCUUCUUUUGGAUCAACAGCAAAAAACAAAUGCGAGGAAGGCUGAACUUGAUGGACGCAAGUCUCUUUUCAGCUAUGUAGCUAUGUAACUAUGUAACAAGCAAAACAAAAAUGGGAUAUGGCUGCAAAAUCCAAAAAAAACAUGAAUAGAGCAUAGUGCAAUACAAUUUGAACAGGUAAUAUGUGCUAUAUAAAGGUGCACUCACAAGAUAUAGAUGUAUAAUGCGCUCAAGGGUGCCUCCCCCCAUGUAAUUGGGGGGUUGAAAAUCUCCCUCUGCUGCCCACAGAAUCAAAGCAAUUACAAAUUACGAAACGCGUAAGACCACAACUACUGCUGUUUUAUCAUUUUAUUGGAGUUAUAAUAAAGCCGCUAUUUUAUACUACCAUCCGGAGUCCUGAUUUCCUGUGAUUCUGCAGGCAGCAGAGGGAGAUUUUCAACCCCCCACUUACAUUGGGGGAGGCACCCUUGAGCGCAUUAUGCAUUUAUAUCUUGUGAGUGAGUUUCCACCUGGAAUAUACAGACGAUCCAGUUCAAAUUUCCUCACCUACUCCAUUCAGGAUGUCACAAAUAGACGACACGACCCUAGAAGUCAAACUUAAUGAACUAGUCACCAAAGGUGCUAUCGAACGAUCCCUCACCCCACGAGGUUUAGUGAGCAACAUGUUUCUAGUCAGGAAAAAGUCAGGAGAAUUCCGAUCAGUCAUCAAUUUAAGAGACUUGAACAAUUUCAUCAAAUACAGACAUUUCAAGAUGGAAGGCAUCCAUCUAUUACGAGUCCUUCUCUGCGAGGGAGAUUGGUUCUCCCAUUUCAACCUCAAGGAUGCAUACCUCACGGUACCAGUAACACUGAAGCAUCGCACCUUCCUUUAAUUCAGUUGGCGUCAACAACUGUGGCAGUUCACCUGUAUCCCCUUCGGACUAUGUUCCACACCUUGGUCCUUCACAAAACUAAUGAAACCGGUGAUGGCACUACUACGUUCGCAAGAGAUUCGAUCCAUCAUAUACCUUGAUGAUAUCCUCCUUAUGGCUCACGAUGAAGAGAUUCUACGUCUGCAUACAAACAUGACUUUGGGGUUUCAUAAUAAACCUCCAAAAAUCAUCUCUAACCCCGUCUCAGACGGUACAGUUUCUAGGAUUUCAGAUAGAUUUUGUUCAGGCAGUUCUGCAACUUCUUGCUACAAAAAUCAAAACCAUCAAAAAGGACAGCCGUGGAUUGUUAGUCUCACCAUGUCUCCGCCUCCGGGAUAUAGCCCGCAUAAUCGGAUUACUCUCCACCUAAAUCCAGGCAAUAUUCCCAGGCCCACUACAUUUUCGAGCAAUGCAACAUUUGAAGACACGUUUCUUACAUCACUCAACAUCUUACGACCAACAGAUUUUUCUCACAGACGAAGUCCGACUGGAACUCAGCUGGUGCCUUCAACAUAUGGAAGCCUGAAAUGGAAGGGCUAUCUUCGAUUUACAACCAGAUUUCUUUCUGGAUUUCGGAUGCCAGCCUCCUCGGAUGGGUGCCACUUGCUCGGAGUAGUCUACCGGAGGCCUCUGGUCACCAUCAGAACAAGCACAACACAUUAAUUGCCCCAAACUAAUUGCUGGUUCCUUCGCAAUCCGCAGUUUUGCCAAGGACGCCUACAAUUGCUGCCUUAUCCUGAGAAUGGACAAUGUGUCAGCAGUACAGUACAUAAACCACCUAGGUGGCUCCCGAUCAAAAAAGCUACCGGAUCUGAAGAAAGAACUGUACCAAUUCUGCCUGGACAGGAACAUCUCCCUUUGUGCAGAAUAUCUACCUGGCUCAGACAACCUCAUCGCAGAUUGGUUUUCCCGUCAUUGGAGGGACUCCAGGGAUUGGCAUUUGGACCCACAAAUAUUUCACCGUCUCCAGUUCCUGAGAGGACCAAUCAUCCUGGACCUGUUUGCGUCUCGCCUGGACCUUCAGACAGACACAUUUUUCAGCUGGCUUCCAGACCCAGCGUGCCUGGCAGUGGAUGCCUUCCUACAAUCAUGUCCAAUGUCAGGAGCAUAUGCCUUCCCCGCUUUCUCCAUGAUCCCACGCACGAUACAAUAUCUCAAAACACAAGGCAUCAAGAUAACACUGGUGACCCAGCUAUGGCAAACCCAACCAUGGUUCCCCUAUCUCCUGAAAAUGUUGGUGGAAUAUCCCCUACUUCUACCCACCUCCUACGAUCUCUUCAAGGAUCCACCAGACAAUUUCCAUCCACUGGCACUGCAAGGCCACCUCCGAUUGGUGGCCUGGAACAUUUCAGGGGAUCCUGGAACGUCUCUGGCCUUUCGGCUACUGCUCGAGGACUCCUAUGGGAUUCAUGGGCCCCAGGAUCAAGACGGUCGUACCUUUCAGCAUGGCGAAGUUGGAGUGGCUGGUGUUUGGAGAGGGACAUCGAUCCCUUUUCAGCUUCUUUAAUUAACAUCAUGAGCUUUCUGUCGUCCCUUUUCGCUCAGGGUAAAUCCUAUCGGUCGAUUAAUGUGUUUCGUUCUGCUUUUUCUGCAGCGUAUAACCCUGUUGACAACUCCUCAGUUGGCAAACAUUCUUUCAUAUAUAGACUUUUGCAGGGCAUCUGCCUCGCAAGACGUCCGGCUCCGAAAUAUAAUCAGUUUUAGGAUGUUGCUAUUGUGCUAUCCUUUUUAGAGACUUGGCCUUCUAAUGAAGUACUCUCUCUCCGACAACUGUCAGCCAAAUUGGCACUUCUUCUCUGUUUGGUAUCCUUCCGGAGAGUUUAGGACAUCAGAGCAUUUGACGUUCAUGCCGUUGACUUUACUCCAAAGGGAGUUAACGUCUCCAUUACCCGACACACUAAAACCAAUUUGUCUACAGAGUGCUAUCCUUAUUUCCAGGAUAAACCCACACUAUGUGUAGCUUGUUGCGUUCGACAUUACAUCUUUAGCACUACUUACCUUAGAACACAAACGGAACCCAUACUGGUGUCUUAUGUGCGUCCUCACAAGCAAGUGUCACGUCCCACGAUUGCUCGUUGGAUCAAGUGGCUCCUGGCCCUAGCCGGCAUUGACUCAUCUUUGGGUGCUCAUUCUGUUAGAGGAGCGGCCGCCUCUUCUGCAUUUACGGCUGGGGGUUCUCUGGCAGAAAUUUUAGCCUCUGCGGAUUGGUCCAGAGAAUCUACCUUCCACACAUUUUAUUUUAGACAGUCACCUCAUGUGUCUCUUUCCAUGUUCUCCUCGCUUUAAAUCAGCAAGUAUGAAGCCUCCUGUCUUGCCAUAAAGUUCGGGAUUAUUCUAACCUUAAUGACCGAAUAAUCUAAAUUUUAUUAACGACAGGAGGCAAAUAUUUUCCCACCUGUGGAAAACUCUCCCCACCCUGCUAGGUAGGUAUUUCGCAUACCUCAAUAUUUCAUUACCAAUUAAUUUUAGUAAUCUUCUAGGGUUUUCUGUUAAAGGAUCACUAUAAGGUCAGGAACACAAACAUGUAUUCCUGACCCUAUAGGGAAAACCCACCAUUUAGGUGGCUUGCUGGCCCCACCCACUUGGUGACAUCAUCAAAAUUGCCGAUUCCCAUGGAGAGAGCACUGGAUUGGCUAAAAUCGGCAAGGGGGCAGGGCCAAACACCGUUUUGACCAAUCAGCACCUUCUCAUAGAGAUGCAUUGAAUUAAUGCAUCUCUAUGAGGAAAAUUCAGCAUCUCCGCACUGACCCAGGAAGCACCUCCAGCUGCCAUCUGAGGAUUGGCCACUUUUUUUUCUGAAAAGGCAGUGUCUGCAUGAAAAUGCCUGAAGGAAAUGAUUGUACUCACCAAAAUAACUACAUUAAGCUGUAGUUAUUUUGGUGACUAUAGAGUCCCUAUAUAUUACAGAAUGCCUUUAUAGUUGUACUCAUCUUUAUUUCAUAGCCCUUGAUUUGUCAGAGUACUUGAUACACACUGCUUUUAAAUACAUGGCCUUAAUGUUAGUUAAUAUGAUUUGAUUCUCUUACCCAAGAGACCAUACUUUCACAAUUUCUUUCUCUUUUUCCUAGUGUGAAGACUCUUCGUUACCUUCGCAAGGAAUUAUCUUCACUUCUUAACACUGGUUUACGAGGUUGUCUACGUUAGAAUCUACUCAUCGAUCAACUGUUUUUCAUGUACAUGGUUGACUCUACGACUGUUGUCUACAUCAAGAAAGAG